GGUUCACAUUGGUGUGAUUGGCUUCGGCCUUUUAUUGAAGGAAAUUCGAUUUUGACCCAAAAAUAAAAAACAAACAAAGCCACUCUACAACAUGAGAAAUAAAGCCCAAGGCCCAUCACUCGAAGACGGGCCUUCUCUUCUCUCUCUGAACGCCCUUUAGAGCUCCUCGCCCCUGUCUCCUCCUCCGCCGCCCGCCGCCGCCACCCCGCCGCCGCCGCCCCUGCUUCCACCGGUCUCUCCUCUCAAUCCGAACCAGCCUCUCACUCUCUGAUCGCCGUCGUCAAAUUGCUUGAUUCUCAGGCUUACUCUCGCAUCUCAAUAUCAGGGUUUUACGCAUUGUGGCAUAUGGGGACUCCAGAAGCAAAGUAUGCUGCAUUUGAGGAGAAGGUCAAACGAACUGUUUACCUCGAUAACAUCUCACCACAGGUCACUGAAACUGUUGUGAGAACUGCUCUUUCACAGUUUGGGACUGUGAAAAAUGUUCAGUUCAUUCGAAAUUACUUGGAAUCAAGGAACAUCCCGCAGUGUGCACUGGUGGAGAUGGAGAACCUUAGACAGGCUGAUGUUAUUGUCUCAGAGUUAGCGCAAUUGCCUUUCAUGAUGUCGGGGAUGCCGAGGCCCGUGAGGGCACAUCGUGCUGAAGUGGAGAUGUUUGAUGAUCGCCCUGCAGAGCCUGGAAGAGGGAUAUUUUGUCGUUGGUUGGAGCCAAAUGAUCCGGAUUUUAAAGUGGCACAAGAACUGAAGCGUCUUACUCGAAACCAUGCUGCUGAAGCGUCAUUUGUGCUCAAGCAACAACUCCAGGAAGAAGAGAAUCUUGCAAAGCAGCAGAACGAGGCUCUUCAAGCAAAUUAUAAGAAGUAUGACAUGUUAGAUAGGGUAAUAGCUGAUGGGACUGUUCAAUGUUUGGCAAGUCAUUAUAAUAUACGACAAGCAGAUGACGGAUAGGUAGACUUUUACUAUGUAGGCCGUUCAAUGUUUGGCAAGUGUGAAAGAACUUGUUCAUUACCGUGACAUUUAGAUAUCCUCGCCUUUUGUUUAAAUAUGUAGACUUUUACUCACUCUGUGAAUAAUAAUAUCUCUGUUUCACGUAAUAUUUUGGUUUG